CUGCGGCGGAUGCGAUGACGCCAGUGCCUGCGUCAAGGGCGCGGGUGGAGCGGCACUGCGGCACUGCGGCACUGCGGUGCGCUCCACUGCCGCGCUCGGCGUCCGUGCCGCGGGAGCUGGGCGAGCGGUGCCGCCGCCGCCGCCGCCAACCUUUGUUCCUGCGCCAGGACCGCCGCCCGGAGCCACCGGCCGCAGCUGACCACCGGUGCCGGGGUGCGCCAUGAAGUCCUCUUGGCGCGGGGGCGGCUCGGGCGGCCGCUGGGGUGGCGGCUGGGGCGGAGGACGAGGCAGGGGAGGCUACGGCGGUGAUGGAGGUGGCCAGGGCGGCAAGGGCAGCUACGGCUCGCGGGGCCGUACCUUCAGCCGGGGCCGCGGGCGCGGUGGCGGCGGCGGUGGCGGCGGCUAUGGUGGCGGCGGCGGUGGCUACGGUGGCGGCGGUGGCUACGGCGGCGGCGGCGGCGGCGGCUAUGGUGGCGGGCGGCGCGGCGGCAAGAACAAGAACCGCCGCAAGAAGGGGAUGAGGGUCGUGACGGUGGAGCCGCACCGGCACGAGGGCGUCUUCAUCUACCGCGGCAUGGAGGACGCGCUGGUCACGCUGAAUAUGGUGCCCGGCCAGUCGGUGUACGGCGAGCGGCGGGUCACGGUGAACGAGGGCGGCGCGAAGGUGGAGUACCGCACCUGGAACCCCUUCCGCUCCAAGCUGGCCGCGGCCAUCCUGGGCGGGGUCGACCAGAUCCACAUCAAGCCCAAGUGCAAGGUGCUGUACCUGGGCGCCGCCUCGGGCACCACGGUCUCCCACGUCUCCGACAUCAUCGGCCCCGACGGCUUGGUCUACGCGGUCGAGUUCUCGCACCGCGCCGGCCGCGACCUGGUCAACGUCGCCAAGAGCCGCACCAACAUCAUCCCGGUCCUGGAAGAUGCCCGGCACCCGCUCAAGUACCGUAUGCUCGUGGGGAUGGUGGAUGUGAUCUUCGCCGACGUGGCUCAGCCCGACCAGUCCCGCAUCCUGGCUCUGAACGCCCACACCUUCCUGCGCAACGGGGGCCACUUUCUCAUCUCCAUCAAGGCCAACUGCAUCGACUCCACCGCGUCGGCCGAGGCGGUGUUCGCUUCGGAGGUGAGGAAGCUGCAGCAGGAGAAUUUGAAGCCCCAGGAGCAGCUGACCCUGGAGCCCUAUGAGCGAGACCACGCCGUGGUGGUCGGCGUCUACCGGCCCAUCCGGUCCAGUUCCAAGAGCCGCAGCAGCAAGUAGAGCCCCGCCGGGACUGUCCCUGAGAGAUCUCCCCCAGACCUUGCCGCCUUCAGUGUUACCAUGUCUGUGUUUUCUUUGUGUGCUGUUUUGCUCUCCUUCGCUUAACUAUUAAAUGGCAUAAAGAAACGGUA